UUGACUCUUCUAUUGAUGUUUUGUGGUGGGGAAUCAACCCAUGGCAUAUCUUAUUCCACUUGUGGUGCUGAAGCCUUUGGACUAUUUACCUGUUUUCCACGGACUUUAAGACCUACCUGCUGUAAUUACCUGUGUGAAGAGUCUGGGAAGCGCAUUGUAGCCGUGGUCACAGUAGUCUAAUACCCGUGUGCUGCCCAUGUUUGGCUUUGCUGUUGGAGCCAACAAAGUCAACUUCUCUCUCCCGACAUCAAAAGUUGUCAGUGUCAUUCAGACCGUUGCUAGUCGGACAACUUAUGUAACACACUAUCAGCUUAUGGAACACGAACCGAAAUUGGAGGAAUCACAUCCACUCGGCGGUACGCCUCUCGCCAUGUUAGCUGCACAGUGUAAUAAAAUCAACAACAAAAGUCCACCACCCUUCGCAGACAACCCUCUUGCUAAAGGAUUUCAUCCCUGGCGGAAGACGGAGGCAGGGGGCGCAACUUCGGGAGCAAUAGCCCUGGCGUCUCAGAAAGGCGCUGUCCUGCCAAGUGGCGCGGCAGUAUCAACCAACUAUCUCAACUACAGCCGUGCGCCAUCAACCAACUGUUCCAGUGCUUACACAGACAGUCUUUUCAGCUCUACUAAUUCAUCCCCGGCGUAUGCGCAGUCUGAUUCUGCGCAUAAGGUGGCACCAGAAACAGCCUUGAGCAGUGUAUAUUCCAGAAUGCACUCAUUAGCUGGACAUCCAUACGACUCUUGGCCAUUUAAUGUAACAGGGGCACAUCCGGCCACGGCGCACACUCUGAAAGCAGCAGAGGUGACCGGAAGUGUCGGUGGCACGUCUGCGUGGUGGGAUGUGCACUCAAACGCUGGAAACUGGCUCCAGGAUGUAUCGGGAACUGCUGGCGCGGCGUUGAGGACCCAACUGGCUUCUAACUACCCCACAGCGGAUUAUGGACUCACCCAUGCCUUGGGUUCGGGAACCAAUUCCCUCCUCUCCCCGAGCCAACAAAUCCUCCAAGAUACGUACACCUACAAAUCCAUGCUGUCCAGCCAGACCGAGUUGGGUGCAACAAGUGUAACACCAUUCUACAGCCGUUCCUCACUCCCAAAUCUCUCAAACUCACGUUCCCAACGACGCUAUACCGGACGUUCUAACUGCGACUGUCCUAACUGCCAGGAAGCCGACCGGCUUGGACCUGCAGGGGAACAUAUCCGGAAGCGAAACCUUCACAAUUGCCAUAUUCCAGGAUGUGGUAAAAUCUACAACAAGUCGUCCCACCUCAAGGCCCACCUUCGCUGGCACACUGGGGAACGACCGUUCGUGUGUAACUGGUUAUUCUGUGGCAAACGUUUCACCCGAUCUGAUGAACUGCAGCGUCACUUGCGCACGCACACUGGCGAGAAAAGGUUCGCGUGCCCAGUGUGCAAUAAGAGAUUCAUGCGCAGUGAUCACUUAGCAAAGCACGUUAAAACGCACAGCGAAAUGGAUGAGGAUGGAAUGAAGGAAUGCAGUGAUUCAGAGCUGCAGGACCAGGGUGAGGAGAAUACGCCAUCCGUCACGUGUUCUAUGACGUCACCAGCGGCAUUGUCUAUAACGAACGAUGACACCGACAAGAGACUUCGCUGAUGUCAUGUGACUUUGUGGAUAUGCACUCUUUCAUUUUUUUCUGUUUUCAUGUGAUGUUAUAACUGCAUUGUGUUUGGAGUCCGUCUGCAAUAUUGUUUAAUAUGUUUUAUUCCUUGAUAUAAAUAGUCAAUCUGAUGAGUGUUUCUUUUUAAUCUUGGAAUCUGUCGAAUGGAUCGAUUAAGGAAUAUCCAUUUUGACCAGAUGUAUAUUUAAUGGUCGUGGUCACUAUGUGUACGUAAGUACAUCAGAUCUACACAUCGUAGCUACGUAUCUGCGUAUCGAUACUUCGGUUCUUUCAUUCAAGAACUGAUUUAAUGGAUUGACACAUUUGGUCUAGAUUUUUCACAGACCAUUAAAGGCGGAUGUGAUUUAUGAUCUGGUGCCAAUGUUCGGGCUAGGUCUAGACGUUGGGUUUGGUGACUUGUGCACAACCAAGAUUAUUUGUAAACGGCAGGGAACAAACAAACAAAGUGGGUUUUCAAGGACAAGUUGUUGGGACGGCCAGUUGACCAGAGCCGAGUCUCCCUUUAAGUCUCCCUUAAGUCUCCCUUUAAGGGUUUGCGGGACACGGGACACACGGACUCCUAAGCUUAAUGUGGUCAAUGAAUUUACAUUGAAUACAAUACCGACCUGAAGGGAUAUUCGUACUCUUACCUUCGUUACAAGCUAAAUGUGGGCGACAAAACCAUAGUGACAUACUACCACGAAUCAUUGUUUAUUUCUCACGAAUCAUUGUUUAUUUACCACGAGUCAUUGUUUCCUAAGAAAGAUGACACAGGUAUUCUUCGAGACAGAUAAACAUGUCUAGAUGCAGACAAAGCAUAUCCUUGAUUUCCAUUGUUAAUAUUUUUAAUACUCCCAGAAAGAUUGACAUAUCAUAGUUUGGUUUUAUACUUCAGACCCAUUUGGUAAGUGAUCCAUGCGGACGCAUUGCCCUUUUCCAGGUAAUACAUCCGAAUAUAAACAAUGGGACAUAAUUAAUAUCCAAUGGCAAUUCCUUCGUGCUUUCGGUAAGCUGGACUAUUUAACUGGCAACGGUAGUGAGACUGAACGCACAUACACUGUUCUAUCGAAUGAGAGACGUUCUUUUUGUCAUUUAUGUGUCAGUUCCUUUACGUCUUCGACGCUCAGUCACAAUCAUGCAGUUAAAUAUUUAGGCAUUAUUUCGGUAAUGAGUACAGCUCAAAUUGUUUAUAAAAUCGUUACAACAAUGUAAAUACAAAUUAAAACAAUUUGCACAAUGGUGUUAUUUUGUUCCUAGCCCUUUUUUAAAAGAUCAACAAUACAGCAUACCUAUGUUUCGGGUUGACACAAGUUUUCAAAAAAUUAUCAGGAAAUUCAGAAUUAGUUGCAUGUUUGUUAAUUCUUUGUCUUCUAUAUUAAAUAAGGCAGCCCUUUUUUAAAAGACAUAACAUUACAUAAUUAGUUUGUAUCUGCUCUUUUUUAAUUUUUUUCAAGCAGUUAACAGUACUCGCAUUUAGGGAAUUGAAACAUUAACUGAAGAGACUUUAGGCUCCAUCAUCAUUUAAAUUUAAAAUAAACUGGUGGCUGC